UUUAGUAAUUGUAAAUAAUGUUUCUAUCUUAAUAUAUUUUUUAGGCUGCUCAGAUACUGAAAGUUAAAGUUAAACAUGUUAAAUUUGAUCCCCUUACAACAAAAGUUGAUCUCAAGGCAAUGAAAAGUGCUGUGGAUCAAAACACAUGUAUGAUUGUAGGGUCAGCUCCUGCAUUCCCUCAUGGAAGCAUUGAUCCAAUUGAAGAAAUUGCUAAGUUGGGUCUUAAGAAAAAAAUCCCUGUUCAUGUGGAUGCUUGCUUAGGUGGCUUCUUAUUGCCGUUUAUGGAAAGAGCUGGUUUCAUAGUUCCUCCAUUUGAUUUUUCUUUACGUGGUGUUACUAGCAUUUCUGUUGAUACUCAUAAGUAUGCAUUUGCACCAAAAGGUUCAUCUAUAAUUUUGUACAGAGAUAAAAUAUAUCGUCAUUAUCAAUUUUCCGUGCAACCAAAUUGGCCUGGUGGUAUAUAUGGGACACCAAACCUCUCAGGUAGUCGAUCUGGUGGAGUAAUUGCAACAUGCUGGGCUUCUUUAUUAUAUCAUGGAGAAGAUAAUUAUAUUAAAUCUACACAGAAAAUUAUUUCUGUUACAAAGUAUAUUGAAAAUGGUUUGAAGAAGAUUAAUCACAUAUUUGUUUAUGGUUGUCCUGAAGUGAGCGUCAUAGCCGUAGGAUCAAAAUCAUUUGACAUUUAUCACUUAAGUAGUGCACUUACUGAAAGAGGUUGGAAUCUCAACAUACUUCAGUUCCCAGCAGGUUUUCAUAUUUGCAUAACUAUGCAACAUACUUAUGAAGGAAUUGCUGAUAAAUUCCUAACAGAUGUUGAACAGUGCACAGCAGAAAUAAUGAAAAAUCCAAGUUUACCUACCUCUGGAACUGCUGCUAUUUAUGGAAUGGCUCAACAAAUUCCUGACAGAUCUCUUGUGUCCGAGUUGGUGUGGACAUAUUUGGAUGCAUGCUAUAGCAUUAAAAAUCCAAUUAAAAAUCCAAAAGUUGAAAAUGGCAUAGUCAAGUGAAAAAAGUUUAGUAAAAAUGAAUUUUGUGUGACAGAAUUAUUUUGUGAAGAAUUUAUUGUAUUUGUAGCUUAUAUAUGUAUGAAAUAUAAUAAUUUUUUAUUGUGACAUAAUAUACAAGAAGUUUUAUGUAUAUUUUAUUGUGAUACAAGUAUAAGUUUUUAUGUAUUAAAUAAUAACAAAUUUUUAAGUAAAUUCAAAUGAACUUUUGUUUACAGGGCAAACUCUCCA